AUGAGUAAAAUAGAAUAGUUUAUUCAAAAUUUCAUAAAUUAGGUGAAAAUAUUGCUUUUCUGAAUUUUUCAUUCUCCAAGAUUCCCAAUUUUUAGUAGGAUGUGGAAUUAAUAAAAUAAUUUAUUGUUGGAAUUUUAAGGCUAGAAAAGGUAUUGCUAAAUUCUAAGGUCAUUCAGAAUAAGUGAAUAUAGCGAAGAUAUCUUAAGAUAAUUUAACUGUGGCAUCUGGUAGUCAUGACAAAUUAAUAAGAUUUUGGAAUUUAUAGGAAAAUUUCAACAGAAUGGCUUAGGAUGGACAUGAAGAUCAAGUUAAUCAUUUAGAAUUUUCAGUAGAUGGUUUGAUUUUAUAUUCUAGUAGUCAAGAUAAAACUCUUAAAUUAUGGAAUAUGUAACAAAAGAUUCUAUUUCUUUCUAAAGAUUUUGAAUUUGGGAUAGACUCCUUCUCAUUUUCUGAAAAUUAAAAGUCAAUCAUAAUCACUUAACUAGAAAGAGUUGAAUUUUGGCAUAUUUAAUAAUAUCAAGUAAUGCAAAAAUCUUCGACAGAGUUAAUUAAUGGAUUUAGAUCUUAAAAUUCUUCAAUAAAAGCAAAUAUUAAAUAGAUUUAAUUUUUAUCUAAUAAAAGUGAGUUCAUUACUUUAUCUGAUUACAACUAUGAAAAUAAAGGUAAAAAAGAACAAUUUUCAAUAGCUGAAAUUUAAGAUAUAUAGAAACUAGAGGAGCAAAUUUCUCCUAAAAUUUAUUAAUAUGCUGAAAUUUAAAUUGAACUUUACUAAGUAUCUAGAAACGGCUAAUACAUUUGUUUUUUAGACUCUGAUAAUUAAUUAAAUCUUGGAGAUAAUUUUUAAAUUAAAGAGAAAAAGAAACCAUUAAAAGUCACUUACAUUUAAAAAUUGAGAUUUUUUUAUAAAUUUCUUUUUUUUCAAUUAUUUAUAAUUCAAUUGAAAUUGAAAGCCUAUAAAAAUUGUUUUAUUGCUGUUUUUUUACCUAAUAAAAAGAUAAUUGUAUCUAAUAAGGAUUAUUAAAUAGAAUUUAGAGAUUGCGAAAAUAUUGAUUCAUUAGGUUUAAACUCAGUAAUGUUGUAUAAACAAUCUAUCAUAAGGAGAAAAUUAAAAAUUUAAUAGUAUCUAGAAAGGAAAAAUUAUUAUCAUAAAUUUGUUAAGAAGGUUUUUUCAAACUUUGGAAUCUAAUAGAUUUACACAAAAUAAAAUUAACAAGGAUUAUUUAUUUUGAAUAAGAUAUAAAUAAAUUUAGAUUUACAAAUGAUAUCUAUUGAUAUAGCAUAGUACAUUCCACAAAAGAAAAUACAAUGUAUUAGUUGGAAUAUCAAGAUCUAAAAAAGUCUCAUGUUAAACAAGUAUUUAUUUCCUUUUAUUAUUUUCUUUAUUUUUCAAUUAUGUCUAAAUCAAGAAUUAUCGCAUUAUGUGGAGAAACUUUAGCUCUUUGGAAUUAUGAUACAAAUGAAAAAAAAUAGUUGA